AUGUAAUCACCAAAUCCUAUAUAAUAAAAUGAGGAAUAAAAUUUACGUGAUGACCUCUCUUCAAAACCUUCCUUAGCAAGAUCAAAGUAAGUUUCUAAAAUAUAAUCAAGCACCUUUCAACCAAUUCCAAAAAUUACCAAAAAAUUUACAAUAGGAGGGAAAGAAUACUCAUAUGUUGGACCUGAUCAUCCUUAUAUUUAAGAUUUAUUCUAACUUGUAGAAGAAAGAGAAAGUAAUCCUAAAUAUAUUUGGAUCAAUAAAAUAAUAACAAUUAAUGAUUAGUUAGAAAAAUGGUUUGCUGCUAAAUGUAGAUUUUUUAAUGGAGGUUUUGAGAUAACCCAUUAUCAUGUACUAAUUUGGUUUUUUUAUUUGAUUAUUUAUGUUGUGUUCUUAGUCCAAACUUUAGUAAUUAUUUAAACUAUUUCAGGAUUUAUAAAAUUCAUCUGAAGUACAAGCAAAUGCUAAUAAAUAGAUAAUUGUGUAUAAUCUAGCAGGAUUAGGAGCAUUAUUUACAAUAUAUACUCUAAUGUAAUUAUAAAUAAUGAGUUUUAGAAUAAUAAUGAUAAAAUAAGUUUGGAUAGUCUUAAUAAUUACAUUUUUAGGGGUGUUACUCCCUUUAUGGUUCCUUAGUAAUAAUUAUCUAAAUGUAUAAAUUAUUAUUUAAUUUAGUUACUUAAUUUGAAUUCAGCAGCCAAUUAUGAUAUUUCGAUGAUUUUUAUUCUAAUCUUCAUUGUUUUGAUUAUGCUAAAUGGAUUUAUAGUCUCAUAAUUAUACAUAUGGUUGAGAAGUUUUAUGAAAGAAUUAUUUGCAGCAAUGGUUGUCAACUUCUGGUGCCUAUUUUGUAUAUUCUUAGUUGGAUACUACAUUCUAGAAUAUGUUAUUGUUACAUCUUAACUAGUAUUUGAAGAUUUGAUAACUUACAUUCUGUCCUAACUUUAUAUACCAUUGCUCUUGAUUUUAAUAUUUUCAUGGUUUAUUAUUAAGGCCAGAUUGUUUGAUUGGCCAGAAGACGUUAUAUAAACAGCAAUCGAUAGACUAAAGUAUAUGCUUGAAAAAAAGUACAUUCGAUCUGAAACAACUUAAUAAUAGGCCUUAACUUGGAUAUAAAAGAAUAAGGUAAGAAUAAUUUCAUAUAUGAUUGGAAUAUUUUAUUUUAUUGUUGAGAUUUGGUUGUUUUUAAAAUUAUCAACGAUACUUUAAAAUGAGUUUUCAAACUACAGUGAAAUCAUGACUUUAGCAUUUGAAGUGACCAUAGUUCCUAUUUAUUUAUUUUUAGGUGUUUUCAUUUCUAUCACAAAUAGAGAAUUAUCAAAAACACUCUUAUAUAUUCCAUUAUUUUUAGGAGCUCCUAUAAUAUUUUCUUUUUUGAAAUUAUACUUUUAUUUAGAUUCACAUUCUACAACUAAGGAUUUAGUUCUAUCUAUAGGAGAUGCUAUUUAUUAUGGACCAAUAUUUUUAUUUACUAUUUGGCUAACAAUAAGUAUGGUUGGUAUUGAAAAACGAAAAUUACAAAUGUAUUCAUUAGGAUUUCUCUGUUUCUUUUUAGCCUUUCCUUUAGGAGUAUUGAUCCCACUUUAUUAUGAAUCAGAAGAUGGAACUUUAUUAUAUACUAGUUAUGUUUUAGUAGGAAUAGGAGCAAUCAUUUUGAUUUUGAUUUUUGCCUAUUUUAUCAUAUUAUCUAUAAAAGCUGUUUGGAGAGUUAAACAAAUAACUGAAGAUGAUUUUCCAAACUUUGGAGAAUAUGCUUAUUAUAAUCUAACCCCUUAUGGCUUAUGGAUUAAUGCUGCAUUCUUUCUUUUAUCAAUAUUUUUUUUGGGUGAAUUCUUUUGGUUUUCUUAAGAAUUUGAUGAUUAAUAUAAACCAACAGAUGUAGAAAUUGGAACUAUUUUCAGUUUAUUAAUAAUGCAUCCAAUUUUAUUCUUUUUAACCAAUUUAGCAUUAUCAGGAAGAUCAUUAGAAAUAAAAAAAGAUUUUGAAAUUUCAAACAUUGAGAUGGAAAGAAUUGAAUAAAUUGAAAAUGAAAAAAAACUAAACUCUCUCAAAAUAUAGAAUUAUACUGUUCUUGCUGGUAUGCUUUGUCCUAUUGCAGUAUUUACACCAAUAGGUAUAAUGAUGUCUAAUGAAAUAUUUUCAACUUUCUUUUUAGCAUUAGCUUUUGGAUUGCCACUCAUAUUUCUGAUUUAUAAAAUUUUGACAUAUAUUAAGAAUCAAUCAGAAGCAUAUGAAAACUUUUUCUCAGCUUUUGUAAGUUCAUUGUUAUGGUGUUGCAUCAUUUUUCCAUUUGGUGUCAUUGUGCCUAUGUUAUCAAUUGAAUUUAUUAACACUUCAGAAAACUUUUAAACCUUUGCCUAAGUUGCUGUUGCAAGUGGUUUGUUUAUUUGCAUAUUUGGAGUGACUGGUACUUCACUCUUUUUUUCUAUUUUACUAAAUAAAGAAGAAUUUGAAAGGAAAAAAAGAUUUAUUGUUGAAGGAUUGAUAGCCUAUUUUUAUAAAGAGCAUGUUAUUAGUGACAUGGCUGUAUGUUCUUUAAUCUAUAUGAGAUAUUUAAUUAUAGGAAAUGUAAUAGAAAGGAAAUUUAAGAAAGAUCAGAAAAAAGGACCUUAAGAUAAAAAUAGUAUGGAAAUCAAUCAAAAAUAAUAAAUUAAAUAAAUAUUAAUUGAGGAUUUAAUUAACUAAUAUAAACCUGUUGGUCCUAUAGAAUAUUUAGGAGAAGAUUUAGAAUGCAAUAAAUAAUUGGUUUCAAAACUUAAUUAUGAGAAAUUUAUAAAGUCAAUAGAAGAUAAAAAAAUAGAACAAAUGGAAAAAAAAUAAAAUAAAUGUUUGAUGAUGUUUUGGGAAUGUUUAUAAUGCAAAUGUGGUCUAGAAGAAAUUGAAUAAUUAGAAAAAGAUAAGGAAAAUGAAAUUAUUUAACUUAGAGAUAUCUAUAAAAUGGAUGAAGAAUAGGGUUAAUUUAUGGAAUAGUUGAUUCCAGAAUUUUCUAAUGUUUAUAAAUUAAUGGAUGAUAAUGAAAGAACAGGCUUACUUUUAAAUUUUGAAUUAGAGCCAACUGCUUAAAUAUUGGCUUAAAAAUAAUAACAUAUUGAAAUUGAAUAGCUAGUAUCUUCAAAAACUGAAAAAUUUAGAAAAUUAGAAAGGAAAGAAUUAUCAAAUAAAGCAACAAGCAAGAUAACAUCGACUGAUUAUUAUUAAUCAUUAUAACAAGAUAAUAAUUUAUUUCCAUAAUUCAUGCAUGAAGUGUUUAUGGAAUUUAGUAAUUAGGAGGAAGGACUCCCUCCCUCAAUUUGUUAUAAUGAUUUCAAAGAAUUUUGUAGAUUAACAGAUUUAAAUUUUGGAAUCUCAGAAUAUACAACUCAUGCUAAACAAAUAUGGAUACAUUAAACUUAUACUUUAAGUGAAUCUGAUUUCGCAAAUUUACUCAAAUCUGCUUUGCCAAAUAACUCUGUUGAUAAAUAUUAAUAGCUAAAGUAAUUAACAUUAACUAAAAUUUAUCCUGGUUUAAUUAAAUCAAUAAAAUCCUUAUAUAGUAAUUUAAAAGAAACCAAUAGAUUAUUUCUCAAUAAUGCACUUGAUCCAAAAUUAUACCCUUUUUGUUAAGAAAAUUUUGAUAUAAGAAAAAAAACUAAAUAAGAAGUCUAGGAAGAAUAAAGUAUGUUAUUACUUCAAAUUAAUGAUAUCUAAGAUACUCAAAAUAAUCAAAUCAAAAGGGCAAACAGCAUUAAAUUUCCAAAAAAAUCAAGAAAACAACUUAAUUUUGAAUAUGCAGAGAAAGUUUAGGAAAUAGAACAAUAAUAUAAUAAUAAAUUAUCUUGUUGCAAAAAGUGUUGUUAUAGCUUUUUCAGAUUUCUGAAUCUAGUCUUUUGUUAAAUAUUAGGAUCAUGCUGGAAAUUAAUUUUAGGAGGUUUUGAGGAUUAAAAAAAAAAACCAGUUAGAAAAGGUUGGGCAUAAAGAGUUAAUGAAGCUAGAUUAGAAAUGAGAGAUUGGAAACAAGUAGCAAAAGGUGCUAUUGAAGAACUCUUUAAAUAAAUCAAAAAUUAUGAAGAGUAAUAAAAAAAAAAAUUAAUUGUUAAAUAGUUCAGAUCUACUGUUAGUAAUAUUAUUGCAAUUUCUACAAGACUUUUUGAUGUAUAUGGUUUAGCAGCUUUAACUUUUAAUAGUAAUGUCUCUUGGUUUGGUUCUAAUUCUUCAUCAGAUGUCUAAGGGCAAGAUGUUGUUGAUGGAGCUGCAUUUUAUAAUUCAUAUGCAUUUUACUUCUAUGCUUCUCUGUCUGCUUCUGUUUUAUAUGGAAUUUUAGGUAGGAUUGCUAUUUAUCAUGUAAAAUAAAAUACUUUUGGCCAAAACACAGUGAAUGGAUUACCAGCAAGUUAUACUCAUCCAUAAUGGUAUUUGACAAAAGCCAUAUAAAUCUUAAAUGGAUUAUUCCUCAGAAUAAUGAAAUCAUUUAUAGAUGCUUUUGUUUGUGAUUAUGAUGUUGCUGGAUCAGUUACUUACGUCUUGGUGAGAGAUAAUUCUGUAGAAUGUUUAAGUGAUUAGCAUUAUAUAUAUAUGGGAUUAGCAUUUUUGGGAGUAAGCAUCUAUUAUCCAUUAACAACUUAUAUGCAACCUAUUUUUUAGUUUAAUGAUCAUUCAUUAGAUUUAAAAUAUAGAUCUACUUAUUUAGUUGUUUAUGUUUAAUGCAAACUUUUAAUACUUGGAUUAAGUUCUUUGUUUGCCAAUUUUGACUCUAAUUCUUUUACAUUUUAAUUAAUUUUUGCUUCCUGCAUAAUGCUUUUUAUUAUAAUCUUUUAUUUAAGGAUGAAACCAUGCCUUAUUGAUUGGUUCAAUAUGAUUGAACUAUUUCUAUUUAUUAUAGUUUUCUCUGUAAAAUUUUAUAUUAAAUUUAGGUAUACAUUGGUGCUAUUUUAAUAUUGUUUACAAAUAAUUACUUAUAUGGACUAAUAUUUUCAUUAUCAACUACAACUUUGUUAUUGAUUAUUUUAGCAAUAUAUUUUGUUAAGCAAUUCUUAGAUUAAAGAAAAAGAGAAAAAAUUGGUAUUGAAUCGGAAUAAUAACAAUAAUAAAUCAAAUCAAAAAAGGGAUUAUCUUAAUUUGUAGAAACAAAACAAGAAGAAAAAAUGAGGAUUGUAAAUUUUAAAGGAAAAGAUAAAGUUAGAGAAGAAAAAUAACUUAAAGUAAAUUUCAAAGAUCAAGAAGAAAAAGAAAAAGAACUUCAAAAAGCCAAAAGAAAUUAGGUUCCUCAAAAGCGAUAAUCUUAAUCAGAUUUAAAUUUAGAUAGCGAAUACAUACCGAUUAAACAGAUAGAAGGAAAUAUUAAUGAAAUUCCAAUAGAAAAUAAAAAUAUUAAACUUUACUAAUAAAGGAAAACAUGA